AUGCAAAUCUCCCUGCCGGAGACAGAGAUCGAAUCGGAGUAUCCCGACUUCCCGGCGUACCCACCAGAGGCCGUGGAGGUUCGAAACACGUUCAUCCAUGUUGCGAGCCCAGCCGUCGAGGACGCCGACCGCCGUCCCGUGCUGUCCUGCCCGGCCAGCCACAUCGGAUGGCUUCACGACAUCUUUGAAGAGGAUGCGCCGCUGCCACCGACGAAGAAGGAGACCCCGCGGGCAGCGGCCUCUAGCCUCCGACCCGUCAUCUGCUUAGAAGACGCUCUCGUGGACUGCGGCCCAGUGGAGCAUCCGUAUCCACCAGGCCCAGUGCGCCUUGAGCUCAAUCAGUGGGGCACCCACUCGCAAGUGCCCAUGCCACUUGAGAGGUCGGAGCUUCCAGUUUCCAACUUGUCCAGAGUUCCAGCCGUCCCUGUGCUGCCAGCUCCCCUCGAGCCCGCCCCUGGGUCUCCGGAGCUGCCGAGCAUCGGAUCCAAGGGGCACCACCGUGGGGACUGCCGGCCAUGCGGCUUCCUCUAUGCCAAGGGCUGUAUCAACGGGGCCAUGUGCACCUUCUGUCAUCUGUGUGACCGUGGGGCAAAGAAGCGUCGCCAGAAAGCCAAGAAGGCCGCAUUGAAAGGUGGCGCUUGA